AAAAUUAGAAGUUCAGCUAGAAAACAAAUUUUGACUGUUGGUGAAGACUGUGAUGAUUUUCAUCAACAGAUUCCAUGGGCUUUUCACCCCAUUGCAUUCUCCAUCUCUUAAUGCUACUCUGCACAGAAGAAUCAGUUUAUUCACAGAAAAUAAAGCAUAAGAAUUAUGAGACAGCUGUGCUGGGAAGAAACCUGACCAUUUUCUGCAACAUGACAAGUUUGGCAAAUGUUCUGCAAGUUACCUGGCAGAAAAUCCAAGGCUCUCAGCCACAAAAUAUCGGCACUUACAGUCAUAAAUAUGGAGAAAAUAUUCUCCCACCAUAUGUAAACAGGCUACAAUGCAAUAUCCUGGAACCCAAUGUCUCCUUCAUAACUAUCCAAGAAGUGACAUUUGAAGAUGAAGCCUGCUACAAAUGUCUGUUUAACACUUUUCCACAUGGCAGCCAUGGAGAGCAAACCUGUCUUAACAUUCUAACUGUAUCUGAAUUAGUAACGGAACUCCAUUCUGUUCCUGGCUCUGAAGAUCUCCUUAACCUUCAUUGUUCAGCGGUGGGAAAGCCUGCUCCUAGAAUCUCCAUUUACCCUUCACAAGACCUAGUGCACUCACAAAAGGAGUUCUUUACUGAGAACCCAAAUACCACAGUGACCAUCACUAAAAUAUACAACAUCUCUUUGAAAACUGUAAGGUUAUUGGGUCUCCAGGACCUGGUUGUGUCCAUGACUCACCCCCUAACAUAUAAAGAGAAGAUAGUUUCUCUGCCAGCAAAUCAAGAAGGUACAGUGGAUCAUAUUUUAAAUUGGAUGACAACUACAAUUGUAUUCAUCAUUUUAUUUUUCAAUUCAUGUGUCAUCAAUGCUGUUCUCUGUUUUUAUUUAAAAAAGAAAAGGUCAGAGAACACACCUGUCCCGUUAUCAACACUGAGGUCCACACCAUCACCAACAGAGACUGAGAACUUAAUGGACCACCACCUUCAGACACACCUAAGUAGUAAUCAUUGUCUUGCUCAGCCAUCAUCAGAAGAACUUCCUCCUGGUAACAAACAUAGAGACUCAUAAACAGAUUUUUUUGGGGAAAGUGAGAGACCUUUGAACACUCAGCCCUAAAUAUAAUUUCCCCCAUCAAAUCCCUCCCUUCAGAGCUCAGGUAACCCUGCAGAAGAGAAGGCAGAAGGAGUGGAAGAGCCAGAAGGGAUGGAGAAUGCCAAGAAAAGUCUUCUAUAUUAAUACAAGCAAAGCUCCUAUGUGCUACGGACUACCCCGGCCAGUUAUGGGAGCCCCAGGGAUGAGGGUUCUUGAAGAUUAGGUGGGUAAGGAUUUAGUGGUGACAAACAGAAACAAACAUAGAGACAGUUUGAAUUUGAGUGUAUUUUGCAGGUCUCAAGCAAGGCUUUUUUUUUAAAGAAAACAGAUAUCAUCUCAGGGGUUGUGUUCAGGAAACAAUACCCAAGUGACAUCAUCAUUACUAACACACAGGUUAUCCAACAAUAAAUCAGAAAAUCAUUCAGGGAUAACUGCAGCUAACUGCCUAUUUCUAAGAUCAGGUUAACAAAUUUUUAUGGUCAGUUAUUGUUCGACAUCUGUUGCCAGGUUCACAAAUUGUUUGAUAUCUGUUACCUAGUUUUUUGUGAGUCUUUGAAAUAUUGAGUCAUUUGACUUUUUCUUAUUAAAAAGCUUUCUUUACCAAACAUUAAAACCACUUUCGAUCACACAUGUACAGCCAUAUGAAAUUUUAUUGUUGGGAAAGUUUUAUCAAUACCGUUACUAUUUACUUAUGUGAAUGACGAGAAUGAUUCGAAAAGCAUUGGUUUCCAGGAGACAAGGUCAUGGCCAGUAACCACGUCUCAGGAUGGUUUAUCAUUUAUAUCUUUGUUUAAAAUGUCAGCUUGGGCUUUUAGGAACAGUUUGUCAAUAUGAGUAAAGAAUAGAUGAACAGAGAUUGCCAUGAGAACUAUGGCUCGAUAUUUUUCUCUGGCUGAGAGUUCCACAACCGUUUCCAGGAGACCUCCUUCUUUUGAAGUUAUCACCUCAGUCAUGGAACUUGUCCCACAGAAUCUUCUGGAUUUGAUGGGACACAUAUGAACUCACAGAAACUGAGGCAGCAUGCACACAACCUUCACAGGUCUGCACCAGGUUCUCUGCAUGUAUAAUUAUGGUUUCCAGUUUAGUGGUUUCAUGGAAUUUCUGAGUGUGAGAAUUUCUUGGUCUCUUGAUUUUUUUGUUAGUCUUCUCUUGGCCUCUUUUCCUUUUGCUGGCUUCGCUUGUCCAACUGUGAUGUGAUAGUAUCUGUUUUAUUUCAUUAUAUUUUGAAGACAGUAAAUGGAUGGAUGAAAACCUAACUACUAGAGUAGAGGUUAAUAACUGAACUGUCAUUUAUACCUGCUGUGAGAGUUUUCUCCAAUAGUGGGAUAUCAACUACUCUAGUACAGUAUUCAUGUUCCAGAGGAGCUGACUGACUUAUAUGGACUUCAUAGUUGUUGUUGUUUUGUUUUGUUGGGUUUGUUGACUAUCUCUUUUUUCCUUUUUGAGCGUUUAUUUUGUUUUUUAGGUUUUGGUGGUUUUGUUAUUGUAUUGGGUUAUGUUUAGUUUUUGAGAAAGACCUUGAAGUUGGGAUAGGGAGCAAAUCAGGAGGACUUGAGAGAGGUGUAGGAAGGGAUAAAAAUACAUUUAAAUUAAAAAGUGAUGUAAACAAUAAAAGGCAUAAGAGAAAAGAAAAAUGUUAUAAAACAGAAAAAAGUCUUGG